CUCAUCGAGAACAAUAUACUGGCCUCAUACGGCUUCGGGCUCCUCUCCAGUUGGGUCUAUCUCCGUUUCUACCAGCGGCACAGUAGAGGCCGUGGAGACAUGUCUGACCACUUUGCCUUCGCCACUUUCUUCCCCGAGAUCCUGCAGCCCAUGGUGAGUGUCGUAGCCAACCUGGUGCACGGCAUCCUGGUGAAGGUGAAGGUCUGCCGCAAGACGGUCAAACGCUACGACGUGGGUGCCCCGUCGUCCAUCACUAUCAGCUUGCCAGGGACGGACCCACAGGAUGCCGAGAGGAGAAGGCAGCUGGCCCUGAAGGCCCUGAACGAGCGGCUCAAGCGCGUGGAGGACCAGUCAGCCUGGCCUAGCAUGGAGGACGAUGAGGAGGAAGCAGCGGCAAAGGCUGAUAGCUCACUGUUGCCCGACCCCAGUGUGGCUGGGAAGGGCACCAGCCAGGAGUCCAACCUCAUCACCUUCCAGGAUGCCCCAUCUCAGCAGUGA